UGGUGUGCCGGCUAGACAAGAGCUGGACAAACACGUCGGGUUAUUAUAAUUCAAAGAACCAACUUCAAGCAAAAAAGUCACGGGUGGCGCUGGUUACGUUGAGUUCCUGUAGUAAAGCCACCGAAACAGAGUGAAGAUGGGAGACGAAACAGAGAGCUCCGUGAAUAUAAAUAAAAACCAGGACAUGAAGGAUGAAAAGGAGAACGGUGUCAUGUACUACUCACGCGAGGAGGUGCAAGCCCAUAACAUGAGCGAAGACACAUGGCUCAUUAUCCACGAUAAAAUUUACGAUAUCACAAAAUUCAUGGAGGAGCAUCCAGGAGGUGAGGAAGUUCUACUGGAGCAAGCAGGAACAGAUGCAACGGAGAGCUUUGAGGAUGUAGGCCAUUCCACAGAUGCCAGAGAGAUGCUCCAGCAGUAUUACAUAGGGGAACUCCAAGUGGAUGAUCGAAAGAAAGAAUCAGAGGAAGUUUACAUCACAACUUCUAGGGAGUCCAGGUCAUGGAGCACCUGGUUAAUUCCUGCCAUAGCCGCUGCGCUCAUGGGCAUCAUGUAUCGUUACUACAUGUUGGAGCAUAAAUCGUCCUAAACAUUUUCACAGCUAUAUUUAUUUUGUCUGGAGGCCUUGACUUGUUUGACAGAGUGAGUCUCUGAACUCACCAAUCUUAACUCCUGCUCAUCCUCUCUUAUUUCUACCCAAGAUUUGGACAUGAUUAAUAGCCAAUUGGUUCAUUUUGACUGGUUUCUCUUGCAGUUUAUUUUAUACUCUUGUUUUUACCAAUCUUAGCCACUUUUUCUGCCAACAGAUUCUGUGACUGUCUUUUUAAUAUAUUUUUGGAAAUUAAUUCAAAUCCAAGUUAAUCCAGAGCAUAGUUGGGAAUUUCAGGUAUAGUCCAGCUCUUGCUGAAAAAACUUAAUUAGCUGGUAUUUUGACAAAUCACAGAUCCACAGUCUCGACAUAGCUGCUAUUUUAUGUUUGUCAGGAUUUUGACCAAAUUAUAUCCAGAUAGAUCCAGCUUCUUUGAUGGGAUGGGAUGGGAUUUGUUUUCGGAUGGGGCUUCUCUGUUGACCUUUCUCAUCAACAAGGCGUUUCCGUCCACAGAACUGCCGCUCACUAGAUGUUUUUUGUUUUUGGCACCAUUUGGAGUAAAUUGUAGAGACUUGUGUGUGUGAAAAUCCCAGGAGAUCAGCAGUUACAGAAAUGCUCAGAUCAGCCCAUCUGACACCAACACUCAUGCCACGGUCCAGAUCACUGAGAUCAAAUUGUUUCCCCAUUCUGAUGGUUGAUAUGAAUAUUAACUGAAGCUCCUGACCCGUAUCUGCAUGAUUUUAUGCACUACACUGCUGCUACACCAUUAGCUGAUUAGGUAAUGCAUGGAUGAUUGUUGGUGCCACACGGGCUGGUUUGAGUAUUUCUGUAACUGCUGAUCUUCUGGGAUUUUCACUAGGGUUGUAACGGUUCUCGGUAAAAAAAACGAACCAUACGGUUCGCCACCCACGGUUCGGUAAGCAUUGGCACCGUGGUUCACGUCAAGUUUAAUGACGCAUCUGGAGCACAAGGUUUGGCGAAGAAAACAAAGUGUCAAAUAGACAUACACCGUUACAACCACCGCUAAUGCACCUGAAUGGAUCUGUAAAUGGAUACGCUCUGUCUGCUUCUCACAUGGGUCAACUGAUAACAUCACUGUUCUGCACGCGUUGUGUGUAGUUGAAAAUGGCAAUUAGAGAAAACGAGCCGCUGAUAGAGAAGCCCUCUGUGUUAUUUAAAUCUCCUGUCUGGAACUUUUUCUUUUUGCAGUCAGUUACAACAGCGAUGGUCAAAAAAGUUUACAAAACAGGCACUGUUUGUAGAAAUUGCUCGACACGAGUGCCGCAUAUUGGUAAUAUACAUCGAUAUAUGAUUAAUCAUGUACGCCAAUAUCACCUGGAGAAAGAUAGGUGAACCGAAACUGCACACACUCCCUUCCGUUUUUUAAGCAGGCACUCCAUGUUAAUUCAGACAUACAUGAAACAAUAACUAAAACGCUUGUGGUGUUCAUUGCCAUGAAAUUAUGUUGCCAUACUCCGUUGAUGAAGAUGUGGGAUUUCUGCUUAUGAUUAAAACACUCGAGCCAUGACAUCCCGGACCCUUCUCGUAUCCAUGUUAAUAGCAAGAUUCCUUCUAUAGUGAUGUACAGUUUCUUAAUGUUGAAUAAAUGUUGAGUUGAGUUUGAAAUGCACUUUAUGUUGAUGCAUGUAGCGUAAUAGUGAAGAUAUUAAGUUAAAAUAUUGAUUUAGUAAUUAGAAAAGUUUUUUUUAUUUUUUUUAUAGUUAAGGUACCUAAAGAAAAUUAACCAUGGUUUUACUAUAGUAAUAUUGUAAUAACCAUGACCGCUGUCACCAGGGUUUUUUAUACAAUUAACCAUGGUUUUACAACAGUAAUACUUAAGUUUCCAUAUAGUAACCAUGAUUAUACUAUAUAUUGUAAACAUGACAGUAACCAUGUUGAUUUUGUGGUUACUAUGAUUUUACUACAAAUACCAUGAUUAAAUGAUGGUUACUGUACUAAAACCAUGCUUUUUAUUAAGGGCAAACCUGUUGAAUUGUUUGUUACCAAAUACAGUAUUCUUACUUUGGAUUUGGAAGUAAUAUAUGUAUUUGUCUGAACAUACUAAAUACCGAACCGUACCGAAACUGUGACCCUAAAACCGUGAUACAAACCGAACCGUGAGAAAGUUGAACCGUUACACCCCUAAUUUUCACACACAACAGUCUCUAGAAUUUACUCCGAAUGGUGCCAAAAACAAAAAACAUCCAGUGAGCGGCAGUUCUGUGGACAGAAAUGCCUUGUUGAUGAGAGAGGUCAACAGAGAAUGGCCAGACUGGUUCAAACUAACAAAGUCUGCAGUAACUCAGAUAACCGCUCUGUACAAUUGUGGUGAGAAGAAUAGUUUCUCAGAAUGCUAUUCUGAGAUGCGGGUUGGUGCUGUUUUUGCGGCAUGAGGGGGACCUAAACAAGAUUAGGCAGGUGGUUUUAAUGUUGUGGCUGAUCGGUAUAUAUAUAUAUAUAUAUAUAUUAGUAGCCCUGUUAUAUGUUAUUAAAAAGAAGUAACUUUUUUUAAAUACAACAUGGUUUAAUGAAAGCUAUAAAGUCUUGUCAUAUCACCUCUCCAUGAAUGCAGUGUAAUUCAACAUCAGGCAACACGCAAUUGCUGAAAUGUAAGAAUUGUAGCAUAGUUACAGUCAUACAGUGCUUUAAAGUUCUAGAUAUGUAUGCAUUUUCUUACACUGAAGAUUUAUAUAGUGUGGUACCUGUAUCUGCAAACUUGAAAUUGAUUCUAAUUCUAAUACUUAGCCUUUCUGUAAUGAUGCAUUUAUUGGGAGAUGUUUAAAUGGUUUUUGAAAGCUAUUUGUUUAAAUGUUGGUGAGAAAAUUAUUGGAAGUGUUUGAUACUUGAACUGUUGUACAACCUGUAGAGUACCUGCUUAUAUAUUCAUUACUAUUAUGCAUAUGCUUCUCUGUUAAACCGUUCUUAGCAUUGCAGGCACUUGCAUGUACUUUUUAACUUCAUGAAGAACCAUUAUAUGCAAGUGUUGCCUUUGACGUUCUUAAGUAAACCAAAAUGUUUUCCUGCAAAAAGUUAUGUUGCUUGUUCAUUUUUGUUACUAAUGUUUCUAUUCCAUACCUCUGUUAUUCUGUCUCUCAUUGUAUGUCCUUCCCAAACAAUUUUUUAGAAUAAUUCAGGUAGCUUUGAAAGAAACCCAUUGAGUGAAUCAUUGUUAAAUGAUAUGCUGUAUAUUCAUAUGCAUUUCCGAUUCAGAAGUCAUCUGGAUACACUUUCAAAAUGUCUUCAUGUAUCAUUAUUAUUGAAUGAUAUAACCUGUUUCUGAUUGGCAGUUAAAGAUCUCUUAGUAUAUUCAUACAGAUUUAUUUUUUUAAUUUCCUAAAUUGUCAUGUCAUGUUUGCCUUUUUAAAUCUUGACAUUCCUGCCCCAAGAAAUUUGCAGAUUAAUACUUCUCCUGCCAUGCUGAGCCAAUGUGCCCAGCUUUGUGAAAAAACUGAUGUUUAUGUGCAUUUUAUAUGUGUAGAUAUCAUAUUUUCAUACAGUCACUUUUAAAUGUUGUUAUAAUUUAAAUGUAGUGUUGGGGAAAAAGCUUUCAUAGAACUAGAUCAAGCACAAGUGUAUUUGUCUGUCUUCUAGUUCAACAGCAGGAAAAAAAAAUAAAAAAUACUUUUUUGUUUUUAAUACUGAUGAGGUAAAUGUUAUCUAUUUAAUUAAAAAUGAUAAUUUUUCAGUCCACUACAGAAUAUCUCUGGUAUGUCAGGGUGUUUGUCAUAAAAAAGUCAGCUGUGUUUCAAUAAAUGUUUAAAAAUGCAAA